UGUUGUAAAGAACUACGCGGAACUACGUGCUACAUCUACACGAAGAAGAGACUCGCGCACGCGCCGUUUUGGGAAAGAGGAAGUCAAUAGAAGACAGAAGUGAAGUGACAGUAGACAGAAGUACAGAAGUUGAAGUGAAAGAAGUGCGCGUAAAAUGUCGCGUGUGCCAAUUCUUGUGAUUUUAGGUGCCACUGGGUCUGGAAAAUCAAAAUUAGGGAUUGAACUCGCUGAAAAAUUUACCGGAGAAAUCAUUUCUGCUGACAGCAUGCAAGUGUACAAAGGACUCGACAUCAUUACGGCGAAAGUGACGAAGGAAGAGAGACUCCAAGCGGUACAUCAUUUAAUAGACGUAGUCGAUCCAUUGGUCAAUUUUACAGUCGUUGACUUUAGGAAUCGAGCUCUACCUAUAAUUGACGCUUUGAUUAGCAAGAAAAAAAUGCCUGUGAUUGUAGGUGGUACCAAUUAUUACAUAGAAUCACUUUUAUGGAAAAUUCUCAUUGAAGAUCCCAAUGAAAAAAAAGUGAGUGGUACAGAGACCAGUUGCAUUUCGUUCAGUGAAAAAAAUUCAGCUUCCGUUGAUAAUAUAAAAAAGCCUGAAGAAGAAAAAAUAGAAAAAGAAAAGGAAGAAAGCGAUGAGGAACUGCUAAUAAAAAAACCCAGACUGGAAUUACCUGAAUCGAAUGAAGAACUGCAUGAGAAAUUGGCACAGGUCGAUCCGGAUAUGGCACGCAGACUGCACCCGAAUAACCGACGAAAGGUGAUACGUUCACUGGAAGUUUUUGAAAAAUUUGGCACACGGCAUUCGGAGCUUUUAAAGUUGCAACGAGAAGCCGGUGGUUCAGGCUUAGGUGGCCCUCUUCGUUACCAGGAACCAAUUAUUCUGUGGCUUUGCUGUGACCAGGAGGUCCAUGACAAGAGGCUGAAUUCUAGAGUCGAUUCGAUGGUGGAAGCGGGCUUGGUGAAAGAGUUAUUGGAUUUCCACGAAAGGUACAAUGAAGACCGACUCAAGAACAACGAAGCACCAGAUUACACAAAAGGAAUUUUUCAGAGCAUCGGCUUCAAGGAGUUUCACAACUACUUGAUACUACCCGAAGACGAACGGAGCAGCGAAAAGGGUCAGAAGAUGCUACAAGAGAGCAUAGCAGAGUUGAAAUUAGUUACGAGAAGAUACGCAAGGAAACAAAAAAAGUGGAUAAUGAACCGAAUGAUACGUCGUACUGAUAGACAAGUGCCUUCCGUGUACUCUUUGAAUUGUACACACAUCGACAAAUGGAAAAGUGAUGUACUAGAGCCGGCGAUAGAAAUCGUUUCAUCUUUACUUAAGGGCGAGAAGCCCAAACAGCACAUGCCAUUGAACGAGCAAGUCAAGAACCGGAAAGUGGCAGACAGUAGUAACGAAGAAAGUCACUUUUGCCAAAUUUGCGAGAGAAUUUUCAUCGGCGAGUUACAAUGGAAGGUUCACCUGCGAAGUAUCAAACACAAGAAAGUGGAGAAAAGGAAGCGAUUGGCGGCUAAUAAAGAGGCCACUACAAAAAAGGAAAAGCUUGAAAAAGCUCCGGGGUCUGUCUAGAAUUUUCUAGUCAAACUUCAUCUUCUUAUUGUUGUUGCAUUUAUUCAGUUAACUAAUUGACGGCACUGCCAUAGUUUUAAAAACGAGACAGACUUCAAGUUUGUAGUCAUAUGAUGUAUACUUAUCAUUAUCAUUAAUUUUUAAGGUUGAGUGAAACCUUAAAUGAAGUAAAAAGAAACUGUUUAGCUUCUGGAGAUUUUUUAGAUUAUAAGCGUUCGAGAGUCGACUGCGGAAUGCCGGUAAAGACUGAAAUUUUCAAAAGUCGCUAAAGUAGUUGACUACAUUUUAACAAUAUUUUUAAUAGGUAUAUCAGUAUUUUGUGUGAAAAUUGCGAAAGAAAGAUGUGAAAUUUUUCUACCUUGUAUUUUUUAAAUACUCAUAUAUUGAGCCUGUUAUAAAUACCUGAUUUUAUCAUAUGUUGACAAAUAAAAUACUGAAUAAAGUCUA